CUAGCGGGACCCAGAGACCAGACCGAGAGGCGCAGAGGACAGUCAAUUACAGCCGCUCCUGUCUGCCUCCUCCUCAUUAUUUUUUUAUUUUUCUCUCAUUUUGCGUCUCCUCGUCCUGUGUCUGCCACCCCUCCCGUCCCGCACUGCAAAACACGCACUUUUCGGGCUUGGUGGAAAAUUACGGCAUGCGUAGACCUGUAAUUACGUCUUGCAAUGGACUCCUUUUGUUCCAGCGCUAAAAGGAGCACUUGAAGCGGCGACAGUAAAGCGGAGAGCCAUCCAGUGGAAAUACUAUCUGAUAACUCCAUUUACCUCUGCGCUCCGCUCGCUGCCAGCUCGCGCGGGGAGGCCGACGGCGCGCCGCUCAGUGCGUCCGCUCGCUGGGUGUUUUUUUCCCCUUCCUUUCUUGCUUUCUUUCUUUUCAACCUGUACUUUUUUUCGGGGAGGGGGUACGGACUGUUGUACCUGUUUCCCGACCUACCUACCUGCCCUUCAAGCCGUCAACUUUUACAACCAUUACACUUAAAAGAGACAAACGAGGGACCAUGGUGAAUCCCGGAGGCAGCAGCCAGCCCCCUCCGGUGGGCGCGGGCUCUCUGUCCUGGAAGCGGUGCGCCGGCUGCGGGGGGAAAAUCGCAGACCGCUUCCUUCUCUACACCAUGGACAGCUACUGGCACAGCCGGUGCCUCAAGUGCUCGUGCUGCCAGGCUCAGCUGGGCGAAAUCGGCACGUCGUGUUACACGAAAAGCGGCAUGAUCCUCUGUAGAAACGACUAUAUCAGAUUAUUCGGGAACAGCGGAGCCUGCAGCGCCUGCGGUCAGUCGAUUCCAGCCAGCGAACUGGUGAUGAGGGCGCAGGGCAACGUCUACCAUCUCAAGUGUUUCACAUGUUCCACCUGCCGGAACCGGCUCGUCCCCGGGGACCGGUUCCACUACAUCAACGGCAGCCUGUUCUGCGAACACGACAGACCCACAGCGCUCAUCAACGGCCAUUUGAGUUCACUGCAGACGAACCCGCUGCUGCCCGACCAGAAGGUGUGUUAGACGGGGGAGCAGCGCGGGAAGCAGGACGUGUGCCUUCAUUUUAGCCCUUACUCAUUGUCACCUGAGACAGAGUGCAUCAGCAGCACCCCGGCCUUUUCACUUCUUCUUCUUCUUCUUCUUCUUCUUCUUCUUCUUCUUCUUCUUUUUUUACUUGUGCUCCCAGUCCCUGAAGGAAACCUCUUCAACCCCAAAAAACUGAAAAAAAAUAUUUUUUUCAACCUCAUAUCCAACACUUAGCCUUCAACACUUGGCUUUUUUUUUUCCUCCAACAAAUGUGUGGAUACUUGCACUUAUCGUAUCCGAAUUGGGACGCUGAGGACUUCACGACCUUGGGGAUGGAGGAAAGAAACUCUACAGAAAAAAAAAAAGGAGACGAUCAGAAUCCAAGGAGACUUUUUUUGGAAGAGAAACUCAAUAAGACAUCGAGAGGAGAUUGAAAGAAAGCGCAAAAGACUAAUGAGGCUUAAGAGAUGCAGGCUUUUUAAACUCUGCACAUUUGUUUAAAGACAUUUUUCGGGAGAGAAAAAUCGGGGAAAACCUUUCCAUUUUUCCUCUUCUUUUUCUACCCUCAUUUCCCAGCAACGUGGUGUUUCCACUUUCUAUAUUUUAUGUGUUGUCAAGGGGGGAAUGUGUUUUCUUCUUUUUGUUAUUUUUGGUGGUAUAUAUAUAUAUAUAUAUAUAUAUAUAUAUAUAUAUAUAUAUAUAUA